UUAUCAAUUAACCGAUUCAAAUGCAUUUUGCAUAUAAUCCAAGCUCUAGUGAUAAUGUUUCAUUGCUCUUUAUCUUUCUAGCUAUAGUUAUUGAUCGAGAAUUUCUUAAUGAAGAAUAUGAAGACGUUAAAAACGAGGUAGAUGAAUAUUUAACAUAUGCAAAAAGGGAAAUACUCAAACACGGUGGAGUCAAUGUCCAUCCUUACUCUUGGACUUCUAUUAAUGUUAGAAAAGACUUGACGGCAAUUUUUACUAUAACAAACUGCUAUAACACUUGGAGGCUUUACAAGUUAACAAAUAGAGAGGAUUUAGUCCACAUGGCUAUUUCAGAUUCAGAUUGCCCCAGAUUACCUUCAGAUACAGCAAUUACGAUACCUUUAAUAACUAGAGGACAAGAACUGCCACAAAUACUUCUAGACUUAAGAGGAGCUAAUAUCUACAAUUGGAAAACAUUGGUGGUAAUAUAUGACAGCACAAUUCAUGACGAUAUGAUUACAAGAGUCAUAAAAUCUGUCACUCAACGAAAGUUCGGAGACUCAAAAGCUACUGGAAUUUCUUUAAUGCAACUUCAACCUAAUAUGUCAAGGACGGAACUCAAAGACGUUUUGUCCACUAUUAAUCCCAAAGUUUUGGGCAAUAAUUUCCUAGUUAUUGCCAGCUACUAUUUAGCUGGAAGUAUUAUGGAAUAUGCGAAAUCCUUAAAACUAGCAAGCACUACCAAUCAAUGGAUGUAUAUUAUAUCGGAUACUGAUAACAAUUUUAAAGAAUUAGAUGUUUUUGAGAAUCAGCUGAAAGAAGGUGACAAUAUUGCUUUCCUUAAUAAUGCUACUUUAAAUUCGAAACAAUGUCAGGGAGGAAGAAAAUGCCAUAUUGAAGAAUUGCUGAAAGCAUUUACUAGAGCGCUGGAUCAAGCCAUUCAAGAUGAAUUCGAUACAGCCAGUCAAGUGUCAGAAGAAGAAUGGGAAGCUAUUAGACCGAUCAAAACAGAAAGAAGGGAUUAUUUGUUAAAAAGUAUGAAAAAUUACCUUUUUAAAAAUGGAGUUUGCGAUAAUUGCACUAGAUGGGAGAUGAAAACUGGAGAAACUUGGGGCGUGGAAUAUGAUACUUUAGAACAAAAAGCUGAACCAAAAAUGGUGCAAGUGGGUUCUUGGCGUCCAAGUGAUGGUCCAGACAUGACUGACGAAUUAUUUUUACACAUUGCUCAUGGGUUUAGAGGGAAAACAUUGCCAAUGAUCACUUUUCAUAAUCCUCCAUGGCAAAUAUUAAAGUUAAACGGAACAGGAGAAGUUGUUGAAUUUGGAGGAUUAAUUCCGGACAUAAUCAAGGAAUUGUCAAAAAAUCUCAACUUUACAUUUCGCUUGGAGAUAGCAAAUAAAACAACCUUUAACUCUGGUGCUUCAAUUAACGGCUCGUAUGACGUGGACACCGACCUUACGAAUGAUGUUCCAAAAGUACUUUUGGAAAUGAUAAAAAACAAAACUGUUGCUAUGGGAGCUUGUGCAGUUACUGUUACAGAAGAAUUGGAUAAAGCGUUGAAUUUUACAAUGCCUAUAACGAUUUUAAGCUAUACAUUUUUAGUAGCUCGACCUAAAGAACUUAGCAGGGCGUUGCUGUUUAUUUCUCCUUUUACUAUGGACACUUGGAUAUGUUUGGCUGCUGCUAUUGUUUCUAUGGGACCUUUGUUAUAUUUUAUACAUCGUCACAGUCCUGUUUAUGAAUACAAAGGCUAUCCGAUGAAAGGAGGUUUAGCUUCUAUUCAGAAUUGCAUUUGGUACAUGUAUGGAGCCUUACUUCAACAAGGAGGUAUGCACCUUCCUUAUGCAGACAGUGCGAGGAUACUAGUGGGUGGCUGGUGGUUAGUUGUGCUGGUAAUGUCUACGACGUAUUGUGGAAAUUUGGUGGCAUUUCUAACUUUUCCGAAAAUUGAUAUACCUAUCACAACUCUGGAUGACCUUAUUGCCCAUAAAGAUACUGUAAGCUGGAGCUUUAGAGAGGGAAGUUUUUUAGAAAAAGAACUAAUGAUUUCAACUGAAGGCCGCUUUAAAACGAUUUUUGACGGAAGAAUCAAACAUGUAUCAACCGACAACGAAGGUUUGAUCAGAAGCAUGGAAGAGGGAAAACAUGUUUACAUUGAUUGGAAACAGAAGUUACAAUUCAUUAUGAAAAGACAGUUUUUAAAAACUGGACGAUGCGAUUUUGUUUUAGCCACAGAGGAUUUUUUUGAUGAAAAAUUGGCUUUACUAGUUGCACCAGAUUCUCCAUAUUUACCGAAAAUAAACGAAGAGAUAAAAAAAUUGCAUCAAAUGGGAUUGAUUCAAAAAUGGCUGCAAGAUUAUUUACCAAAAAGAGACAGAUGUUGGAAAAAUAGACAUUUAAUUGAAGUGAAUAAUCACACCGUAAAUUUGGACGAUAUGCAGGGAAGCUUCUUCGUUUUAUUUCUUGGUUUCGUCUUCGCUUUAUUUUUACUGCUAAUUGAGAAGCUCUGGCACAGACAAUUUUCUAAACAAAAGAAAAAGAUCAUACAACCUUUUAUGGCCUAAUUUUUAUAGUAAACUAUUUUAUUUUCACAUAGCUCAA